AUGGAGAUUAAUGCCAAAGUGGACACCAUGUACAAUGAUUUGAAUGGCAAGUAUGAGGCUGUGUGGACUCAUGUGAAGAAGCUGGAUGUUCAGGUAGCUCAGACUGCAGAAGCUGUAAAGAGAUCACCUGGAACUCUCCCUGGAAAAGGUGAAAAUCCCAGGAAUGAGUUUGUGAAUGCUAUUGAGCUUAAAAGUGGGAAGACUCUACAUGCUGCACCAACAAGCUCUGUCUCAGAAAAGAGGAAGAAAAAGGACGUGGAGCACCUGCUCCAAGAAGAGGAACCAGCUCAUGACGUAAAAAAGACGAAGGAGCACUCUUCCUCCAUCGGAGCACCUGCUCCAAAAUCUGGAGCACCUGCUCCAGACGUAGAUUUGACGAGGGAGCACCCUGAGCCAACGAGGGAGCACCUGCUCCAGCCACCUGCCCCAGCAAACAUUCCUGCAAGAGUUUACACGCCUAAGGUACCUUACCCAGUUCCACAAAAGAAGUCUCGCAAGGACUUAGAGGAUGCAAAGUGCAGGGAGAUGCUGAAGGAUUUGACUGUAAAACUCCCUCUAGCUGAUGCUGUUAAGAUGAUACCAGCCCUUAAAAGAUACAUGAAGGGGUUAGUGUCUGGGAAAGCUGUUGAGGAAGAGAGUGUCAUGAUGGUUUCGAAGGAGUGCAGUGCUGUGCUUCAGAAAAGAGAAGUGAUCCAGGAAGCCAAGCGAUUGGGUUACACCAGAUUCAAACCGACGAAAAUCUCGCUGGUAUUCGCUGAUAGAUCAACCAAAUUCCCUGUUGGUAUACUUGAGGAUCUGCAUGUUCAGAUAGGUGAUACACUCAUUCCAGCAGAUUUUGUGGUUCUGGAGCUUGAUGAAGAACCCAAGGAUCCUUUGAUAUUGGGUCGAUCCUUCUUAUGCACAGCUGGUGCAAUCAUAGAUGUGAAAGAAGGAGUGAUAGAUCUCCAGCUGGGAGAUAUGGUGGUGCGAUUUGAGAUGAAUAAACUCUUCAAGAAACCAAUGCUGGACGGACAGACAUUUGUCAUAGAUGAUGGUUCAGGCAUUGCUGAAGAGGUUGCUGAAGAGGUUUUGGCCAUCGAUCCUCUCGAAGUUGCACUCACCAAAGCUGAAGGAGAACAUGGGUAUUUGAGUGAAGAAGCUGAUGGGUUUGCAAAAAUGCUGAAUGCAAGCACGAGAAUGCAAAGGCAGGUUGAUACGAUUCGAGGAGAUCAACUCUGA